UAUUAAGGAGACAAAAUUUUAUCCUACCCUUUAAAAUCGAACAGCAGCAACAAAAAAAUAUUGAAAUUCAGUGUUUUAAUAAGUUUUAAUCAUAUCUUUGGCUUCAAGAGAAUAUAAACAAACAAUUUAGAUUCGUAACGACCUUGAGAAAUUUAAGUGAGAUCGUUUUAUGCUGAAACUAAACUUUGUUUACUUGAAAAGCUUAAAAUUUCAAAAAAAGAAAAUAGAAAAUUAAAAACUCGGCUUCAUCAUGGCUAUGAGUAAAACAACAUCGACUUAUAAUCGAGCAAACUGGGAAGACAGUGAGUUUCCGAUUCUAUGUCAAACUUGUCUUGGAGACAAUCCGUAUGUUCGUAUGAUCAAAGAACGUUAUGGCAAAGAGUGUAAGAUCUGUGCUCGUCCAUUCACUAUCUUCCGAUGGUGUCCUGGUGCAAGAAUGCGAUUUAAGAAGACGGAAAUUUGUCAGACAUGUUCAAAAUUGAAAAACGUUUGUCAAACAUGUUUACUUGAUCUGGAAUAUGGACUACCAACUCAAGUUCGCGAUGCAGCCUUAAAAAUUCAGGAUGAGAUCCCACAAAGUGACGUUAAUAAAGAGUUUUAUCUGCAGAAUGUUGAGAAACAAUUAGAAUUGAAUGGCGGAGAAAUGCCAACAGGCGCAGGCGGGGGAAAAGCGACACCAGCAUCAGACGUUUUAACGAAAUUGGCUCGCACAACUCCUUACUACAAAAGGAACUUACCACAUAUCUGUUCAUUUUGGGUUAAAGGAGAGUGCAAACGUGGAGAAGAAUGUCCUUAUCGUCAUGAGAAGCCGAAUGAACCAGACGAUCCAUUAUCAGAACAAAAUAUUCGUGAUCGUUACUAUGGAGUUAAUGAUCCAGUUGCUGAUAAGCUUUUGAAACGUGCAGCAUCUUUGCCUGUUUUAGAAACUCCAUCAGAUAAAACAAUUACAACACUUUAUGUCGGAAAUGUUGGUGAUCAUCUCACUGAAGUUGAUAUACGAGAUCAAUUUUAUCAUUAUGGAGAAAUUAGAAACGUUACUCUCGUGCCGAAACAACAAUGUGCUUUUGUUCAAUUCACAAAACGUUCUGCAGCAGAGCUUGCAGCUGAAAAGACUUUCAAUAAGUUGGUAUUGGGAGGAAAGAAGUUGAGCAUUCGAUGGGCAUAUUCACAAGCGAAACAGCCAACACCAGCAGUCCAACGACAAGAUCCUAGAUUAGAUCCCGUACCUGGCUUACCAGACCUCCCUCUUCCUCCAAAUCCCAAUGACUACUUCAAUCUUAAUGCAUCUGAUAUGUGUGUUCUACCAGCUGGAAUGAAGAUUCAUCAGAUCCCGACACAGUUUCUCCCAGCAAUGCCAGGACCGUCAAGCUCAAACAUACAUUAUGCUUCGCAAGAUCCAAAUCGCUUAGGAACUAUGAAAAAAUAAUUUUAUGUAAAAUAUUUUGCUUUGAUGACUCAAUUAUUGAAUAAAAACAUAAAAACAAAACAGUCGAUAAGAUUUUGUGAUUUUGUUUUCAUAAUCUGUUGAAAACUUUGUACCCCUG